UUUUUCUUUGCCGUUGCAAGAAGGAAACUCUGAGUGCGAUGAAACUUUUCUACCACCUUGCAUCUCUCUCUUCCUCUUUUUCUGUCUUUUUGCCUUCUCCUCUACUCUUUCUCAAACUAUUCCUUUCCCAAAACAGUCAUAGUUGGAAAAUUCUCUGAUCUGUAGUCACUGAGCACUUGUAAUAUUUAUCCAUGAAAGUAAUCCUAGCAGUCCACCAGAAGCCCCAAAAUUUUGACACUGUCAAAGCUCAGCUGACGUUUCUUCUUUGACUUGUUAAACAAUCUUGUCACUUUUCUGUUUCUUCAAGCGGCUGUCGUUCCACAACUUUUUUGAAUCCUUAAAAAAAUUUUUGUUUUCUAAGUACAAGAAUCCCAUUUAGAUUUAUCCUGGAUGCGCUUUUUAUCAUCAGGUUUCCCAAAUUCUUGAGGCAAAAGUUAGUUAACCAUGGCAAUUGAUACGAGCACAGAGAAUUCAAGCUUGAAUACAAGUCCAAGAAUUUCAUUUUCUCAUGAUCUUUGCCAAACAGAUGAGGCCGCGGCUGUCGAAGAUAAACCUUAUCGCCUAGAUUCUAUGCUACAGCUUGACUCAGACUCGGAUGAUUUUGCUUUCUGCAUCACCAGCAAUAGCACUGGGGCUCAUGAAACUUCUUCAGCUGAGGAGCUUUUCUCAGGUGGCCUAAUUCGCCCUGUGCAGCUCCAAGAAAGGUUUGUUCAUACUCCAAAAAAUGCUUCGAAAUCUAAAGCUCAGGCUCACCGGGUGCCUUCUCUUCCACCUCUUCCGUUUCUUCCUCAGGCAAAUGGAGGCUCAAAGCAAGAGAUUUUGCAAGAAAAAGAAACCACCUUGACAAAUAUUGAAGCAGAGCAGAAGAAUCAAUCAAAAUCUUUUUGGGGUAUCAAGAGAAGUAGUAGCCUUCAUUGUGACAAUAGUCACAAAAAGAGCUCAUUUUGGUCAUUACCACUAUUGUCUAGGAGCAAUUCAACUGGUUCUGUACCAAAUUCAAAACAGGGCUUGAGGGAAAGUCAGAAACAGAAUGCAUCUUCCAAACAGCAGAAGAAUCUUAUGGGGAUUUCUGCUUCCGCCUCUGCAAGUGCAAAUGCAACAUCAGCCCCUAGCUUUUAUGUGUAUCCAUUGUCACAAAAACCUCCUCUCAGGAAGAAUUAUAUGGGGUCUAAUGGAAAUGGGAUCCGGAUUAGCCCAGUGCUCAAUGUGCCAGUUCCAUCAUCUCAUAUUUCCAAGGGAACUGCCAAUCUUCUUGGUCUGGGGUCUUUUUUCCGAAACGGAAAAGAUAAGAGGAUGAAAAAAUGAUGAUACUUUUGCAGUUUUAGCUGUAACAUCAUAAUUCACCGUUAUCUCCGAGCAAAUGAACCAUCUUGCAAGACCUUUUUACACGGUAGGUCUUAAUUCAAUCUAUGCUAGCUAGUAGCCUGAAGAAUUUGCUCAUUUUAGGUUGUUGAUGAUGGAUUGUUAUAUGCUAAUGGUACGCUAAACAUGCAAAUUUUUUGCCAUAUGACAUGGUCAGAGAUUCCACCUUGUCAUGCUUA